CUUACAGGAAAACUAGUCAGCAAAAAAUCCUUAGGUGUGAGGCAACUCUUUUACCUUUUCCGUGUCCUAUGGAAUUGCAUAGCAAUAACAUUCUAGAGUCAUAGUCUUCGCUGAAAAUCCUUGUCCAUAUUCAAAACGCGCCGCAGGACUAUUUCAUAUCCUUCUCGGUUCUCAUGGUGUCAUGGUCAAUGUCUCCCUCCUUCCCUGUCACAUUCAAACCCCAACCAACAAGCAUGCUACACAUAUAUUAAUUAAUCACACUAGUCUAACAAUCAAUCAACACAAGCAUAAACUAAACAAACAGCAAAAGCAUCAUCCUUUAGAGUUGAAAGUGAGAAUCAAUCAAUCAAUCAAACGAUCAGGUUGAGGUGAGGAUGGAUAGGCUGGUGAAAGCAGAAGCAAAGGAAGUGGAGGUGAUGUUCUCAAAGGGGCAAAAGUGCAGCUCCACCUUCAAGCUCACAAACCUCAUGCACACCAUGUCAGUAGCAGUGUCUCUAACCACCACAAACCCAUCUCUCUUCUCCAUCAACAAACCCUUCUCUAUAAUCCCCCCACUCUCUUCUUCAUCCUACACCCUCCACCUCACCCACCCCUCCGAUCACCCCCCUCUCUCCGACCCUCCCGACGCAGUCACCGUCCGAACCACCAUGCUCCCCACCGGCAAGGCCCCCGCCGACCACCUCCGCCGCCUCUUCUCCAAACCCGGACCCCACCUCUUCCGCGACGCCGUCCUAACCAUCUCCUUCGUCGGCCCCCACGUCGCCCAAUUCCUCAUCUCCCAAACCUCCCAAUCACGCAACCACUUCACCAAAGGCAUAUCCUCGUGCACGAGAUCGCAGCUCACCGGACUUCUCAAAGCCGCCGUCGAGUGCGGCCGCGCAGACGCCGUGGCGGACUUGCUCCACGCCGGCGCCGACGCAACCGCGGAAUCACUAAUGCCGGGAGCAAUUCGAGCCGGGAGCCUCCACGUGGUGAAGCUUCUGGAAGCUUCCGGUUGUGGAAUCAACGACACGGUUUUACACGAGGCCGCGGCGACGAACCGAAUCGACGCGAUGGAGUUUCUGGUGGAGCGGUACGGUGACGAAUUGGACUUGGAUUCGGUGGACGGCGAGGGGAGGACGGCGAUCCACGUGGCGGCAGGCGAGGGGCACGUGAGGGUAAUCCAGUUCUGCGUUUCGAUGGGAGGAAACCCUAAUUUGGUGGAUUGGAAGGGGUGGAGUCCGCUUCACUACGCGGCGUGGGGAGGACACGUGGAGGCUGUGGAGUGUUUGUUGGAAUGUUCAAACGUGAAGGGCGUGAGGGAUAGGGAGGGGAGAAGGGCGUCUUGUGUAGCGGCGGAGAGGGAAGAGUCGGAGGCGCGCAGGCGGUUGCUGGAUUUGCUGCGGUGCGGCGACGAGCUUAUGCGCGCGGUGAGGGUGGACGACGUGCACGGCGUUAAGAGGUGUUUGUUGGAAGGGGCGCGUGUGGACGGCAGGGACCAGAAUGGGUGGAGCCCACUGCAUUGGGCCGCGUUCAAGGGCCGAAUUAAGAGCGUUAAGGUGUUGCUGGAACACGGCGCCGAGGUUGAUACUGUCGAUGAUGCUGGCUACACUCCGCUGCACUGUGCUGCUGAGGCUGGCCACUUGCAAGUUGCUCUCUUCCUCUUGGCUCAUGGUGCCUCUCAAGCAAAUCUCAAGUCCUUUCCGCGUCUUGCUGCUAACUUUCACUCUUCCAAAAUCACCUCUCUUCAUUUUCUAUCUAAUUAGUAAUUAAUACCAUUGCUUUAACCAAUCAAUGUAUAUAUUCAAAUGAGGACACAUGUUGUACACAUCCACAUUCAUAAUGCCAUAGAGUAAAGGAUGGGUUUGCAUUGAUGUAUUUUAAAACAUCCAAGUCUUAUUAUGUUUUUGGAUGCUUUCAAGUCGUUAUAUAUAUUAGGAUUUGUUUUAA